AGAAAUAUUAAAAAAUAUUACACCAAGAUAUAUUGUUAUAUCAGGACCUACAGGGGUUGGAAAAACAAGUAUAAUGAGAGUAUUAAAAGAAAGAAUAGAAAAUAAAGGAUUUUCUGUAAAGAUUUGUUGUGAAUCUAUUUUAAAAGGAUCGGAGUAUUUGUUAGAAUAUAAAGAAAAUGAUAUUCAAAAAUUUGAAUAUGCUUUAUUAAAUCAGUAUCAUAAACGUCGAAUUGAAAUGGAAAAUUUAAAAGAAGAUUUUAUUAUUGUUGAUCGUGAAGUAUUUGAUGGUGAUGUUUAUAAAGAAAUAUAUGAAUUUGAUAAAAAUAUUAUUAAAAAUGAACAUGUUGAAUUUAAUAAUUUAAUAAUGGUUUUUCUUAUUUUGUGUAAUGAAAAUAAUCUUGAAAGAAAUUAUAAUAGUAGAAAAGUAAAUGAACGAAAAUAUUCAUUAGCUGAAUGUAAAAAUAUUCUUAAAGUAUAUCGAGAUAAAUUUAAGAAUAAUAUUUGUAAUGAUGCAAUUAUUAUUAAUAAUAAUAAUAGUUAUUUUCUAAAUAAUUUAAUAGAAAAAAAAAUGGAUUUAAAUCAAAUGUUCAAUGAUAUUCUUUUAAAAUAUCAAAAUAUAUUUAAUAUUGAUAAAAAACAUGAUCCAAAAAUUAUUAUUAUUACUGGUCCUAUUGGAGCUGGGAAAACUAAAUUAUCAAAUUUUUUAGCUGAAUAUUUACAAAGUAUUAAUAAAAAAGUUUUAUUAAGUGAAGAAAUGUCUUUAAUAUUGGAAAAAGAAUUAUCUAUUUACUAUAAACUUUUAGAUGAAAAUCCAGAUGAUCAAUCAAUAGUUUUUUGGUUUCAAGGUUUGCUUAUUGGAGAAUAUAAAAAGUAUUAUGAAAAAUGUAAUUUUGAGAAUUAUGAUUAUAUAAUUCUUGAUCGAUCACAUCUUGAUACAAUUUUUUUUACUUUUAAUGGUAUUAAAGAUGUUAUUAAUAUUUCUGUCACUAAAGAAAUUUCUUUGAAAAGAAUUUUUGAACGUGAUCGUAAAUUGAGAAAUGAUAAAGAAUAUGAUUUUUCAGAAAAAGAUGUAAAUGAAAAAUAUUAUGAAUCAAUGUAUAAUUCAUAUAAAGUAUAUAUUGAUAAAGUAUACCCUUCAUAUUAUUCAUUUGAUAAUAAUGAAAAUUUAAGUGAUGAUAUUUUAAA